UAGUCCAUCAAACCAAAAGCACGGAGAUUCUCACACCCCAAAACCAUGCCUAUUUCGCCAGUCCUAUCCAAUCCCCAUCGAUAUCAAUCUCCGCUCUCGGCAAUCGCUUCUUCUUCUUCCUCAAUCUUGAUCCUCCUUUCCGCAGUCUCCGCUUCUUUGUUGGUGCUUUUGCGGUGCUCGCCACAGUAGUUGUAGGAAAGUGUCGAUCUUUGAGGGGGAGCUCGUAGGUUGAAGGAAGGGAGAAAGGGGGGAAAAGCAAAGAAUGGCUGCCGGAGCGGCUUCAUCGACGUCUGGGAUCUUCGCUUCGAUCUGCUUGCUGCAGUCAGCGAUGGCGGCGACCUGCGGCGCGCUGAUGAUGUUCUACUUGAACGAGAUCGCGGUGGUCGGGCACGGGCAGGAGACGGCGCGGAAGCUGCAGGGGUCGACGCCGCACGACCAGCUGCUAAUCCAGACCUCCGACUCCUUCGCUGGCUUCCUCCUCUUUGCCAUCGGGCUACUCCUCUUCAUGGUCUCCUUCGUCAAAGACCGUGACUUCCAGGCCUUCUUCGCCAAGGGUUGCAUCCUCCUGCACGGUGCCAUGGCCCUUUGGCGUCUCUUCUUCGAGCGCCGCCUCGAGGACCUCGCACGUGUCUGGCCCCGCCAGAUCGUUGGCGACCUCGUCCUCGGUCUCUCCUGGGUUCUCUUCCUUGUGUACUCUUGGAGAGAGAAAUACGACUGAUUGCAUAUCGCUGCAACUAAAGGUACAUCCUUUCUGUAUGCCUGUAUCCCUAUGCGAGAAUGAGUUUCUUGUGAAUCUAUUGUUUUUUUGCGUUGUGUAAUAUGCUUGCUCUUGUGUAAUGGUUGCUCUCUUUUCAUUCAUAGCAUAAUGAACAUUUUCACGAGUUGUUUUGCAA